GUCCAAUAGAAUGCAGCAGCCAGAGACACGUUGACCAGACUGUAACUGACAUGUCAGCCUCCUGCGACAACAGCUAACGUUAGCUUAGUAUUACUGGACUCCACUAUGGUUGUUUCGGACUCACUGUCUUCCGACAGAGGGACCAUCCUUCGUGUCAGAGGGCCGCUGGAGUUCAAAUGUCACUUAGUAAGCACAGAUGCACGGCACAUGCUCAAAGUCAUCUCAAGAACAUUUGAGACGCUUAAAUCUCAGGUCAAAUCUGAAUCCUGUGUUCUAACAGUCUGUGACAGUCCUGUUAUUAUUUGGCCAAACAAAGAUGUCUACAUAACACCUCAAGAAAUAACUCCAAACGCACCAUGUGAUGAUAUACUUAAAUGGAUUCAGUCAGAUGAACAAGAUCCAGCUGGCUUGAGAUCUGCAAAAAAGAAAAGCAAAAAAAGUUCAGCAGCAAGUGUGAUUAACCUUCGCCUGAUGAUGGAGGCGACAAAGACGGGCCCUCUUUCAGCCCCGAUCCUCAGCAGAACCGUCCAGAAAUCCCACUUCCUGUCUACAACUUUCCCUGUGGACUGCGUCGUCCGUACCACCGUUAAUGAAACAAUCAAAGAUGCCUUUGAGCGCCUGUUGAAGGCGCUGACUCAUCAGCUGUGUGAGAUGGAGAAAGUAACCUUGCAACACACAAAGGGGACCACGCUGCUGGUACCUGAACCGCUCCACUUCCUCCUGCCAGAGCCAAAAGGGCUAGUGACCGUGGUUUACCCUGCAGGAGUGCCUGACAGCCAACUGGAGGCACAGCGGAAGGAACUACAUCAACAGUUCGAGCUACCGGAUGACUGGCCCUAUUUUAGAAGAGCCAAUACUUACCACUUUCCUAAUGAGCCCUACAAAGAUGGUUACCUCCGAAACCCUCAUCUGGUCCUCACACAUCCCACGCUGGACAAUGGAAAGGUGUACUUGGUCCAGGGAACCUACAGCUAUCACCACUACAUGCAGGAUCACACGGAUGACAACGGCUGGGGCUGUGCUUAUCGCUCCCUCCAGACCAUCUGCUCCUGGUUCCAGCAGCAGGGCUACGUAGAGCGGGCCGUGCCCUCUCACAAAGAGACCCAACAGGCUUUAGUGGAUGUUGGAGACAAAAAGGCAUCCUUCGUGGGUUCACGCCAGUGGAUCGGAUCCAUUGAGGUUCAGGCUGUUCUGAACCAGCUGCUUGGGGUCACUUCCAAGAUCAUGUUUGUGAGUCAAGGCUCUGAGCUGGCAUCAAAAGGCAGAGAACUGGCCAACCACUUCCUUACUGAAGGGACCCCCAUCAUGAUUGGAGGUGGAGUUCUGGCUCACACUAUUCUAGGUGUUGCGUGGAGUGAGACCAGCGGGCAGAUCCGCUAUCUCAUCCUAGAUCCACAUUACACGGGAGCGGAGGACUUACAGGUCGUCACAGACAAGGGCUGGUGUGGCUGGAAAGGAACAGAUUUUUGGGAUCAAACUGCUUAUUAUAAUCUGUGUCUUCCUCUGAGGCCAAAGGUCUUCUGACCUCUCACAACUUUCAUCUGAUGUUUGUAAAACGUUCAAUAAUUGCAAAUUUGAGUAAUUCCUAUAAAAUAAUCUAGAAAAUGACUCAUGAGCUACGUAAAUCAUUGUUUAAGCAACAAUGGCACAGAAAGAGAUGGAGGUCAUUUGUUUUUGAAAAGACAAAUUGAUCACACCAUGUACUGUACUUUCUGUUCUAUUCUGUCUAUGACCAGUUGUCUACUGGAGCUCAUCAUACAAACAUAUAAACCCUGCACUAAUCUG